AUGGCGAAGAAGCUCUUGGACGAGAAGAACUCAGGAAGAACUGAGUCGUCAGGCUCCUCAAACAGCAACGUAUCUCAACGAGAUGCCGAAGACCGUCUUUCGGAGGAGGAUCUUCGCAACCUGCGACGUGUUCCUGGGAAGAUACCGUGGACCGCCUACGCAGUCACUGUGCUAGAGAUGGCCGAGUUUCUGUCGCUACAUGGCACUCUAGUCGUCGGCACCAACUUCCUCCAAUGGCCUCUUCCCGCAGGCUCAUCCACGGGUGCUGGCUUCCAAGGCCAAUCGGGAGGCUUGGGCUUGGGGCAACAAAAAGCAACCGCUAUCAACAUGGCGAAAUCGCUGUGGAUAGGUACAGCACCAUUGCUCGGCGCGUUCGUCGCGGAUCAAUAUCUUGGUCGGUACAAAACACUUCAAUGGGCAAAUUUCGUUACCAUUGUCGCUCACGUGGUUCUCACAAUUGCCGCGUUGCCGUGGGUAAUUGUGCAUUCCUCGAUAUCGCUGGCCAUUUAUUUGUUAGGGAUUUUGCUGUUAGGGAUUGGGUUUGGCGGUAUCAAGCCUAAUAUCACGCCUUUACUACUAGAACAACUUCCCAUCACCGACCUCAAACUCUCAACCGACAGAAAGGGACGACGCGUCAUUCUCGACCCUCAAGUAGCACGCUCCCGGGUGCUCUUAUACUUCUUCUCGUUUGCCAACAUCGGAUCCGUCGUGGGCAUGGUAUCUAUGGUGUACUGUGAGAAACACAUCGGUUUCUGGCUUGCAUGGACUGUUCCCACAGUUAUCUUCCUGCUCUGUCCAUUGAUACUGUGGGUAUUUCGCGGUUCGUAUACAACCGCUAGUCCAGAAAGCCCCGUCUUUGGGAAGGCAAUGAGACUUUUAGCUCUGUCGAUGAAGGGACGGUGGUCCUGGAAUCCAAUCAGGACGUAUCGUAGCAUCCAACAACCUGACUUCUGGGACCGGGUCAAGCCAUCGAACAUUGCGAAUUGCCCUACGUGGAUGACGUUUGAUGACUCGUGGGUUGAUGAAGUGAGAUGCGGGGUACAGGUUUGUAAAGUCUUUUGCUGGUACCCUUUAUACUGGCCAGCCGUCCGCCAAUUAUCCUCAAACUUAACAUCCCAAGCGGCAACCUUGAAACUGAAUGGUCUCCCCAACGACUUACUCGUCAACUUCAACCCCAUUUUCUGCCUUAUAUUUUCUCCCAUCUACGCACACGUCAUAUACCCCGGCCUCGCAUGUCUUGGAAUCCAUCCUUCGCCCACCACACGUAUCAGUCUCGGCUUUUUAUCUACUGCAAUUGGCAUGGCCAUAUCCGCUGUAAACCAACACUUCAUCUAUGCGCACAGCUUGUGCGGCUCCCACGCCAACCAUUGCAUCGCAAACCCCGCUGACACCAAAAUAUCCGUCUUCAUCCAAGUCCCCGCAUACGUUUUCAUUGCGAACGGUGAGGUCCUCGCGUUAGUGACGGGAAUGGAGUAUGCGUAUGCAAACGCACCCAGCAAUAUGCGGAGCUUGGUCAUGGCGCUUUUUUACUUCCCGAUUGCAUUGGGGUGUGCACUGUCACAGACUCUAGUCCCGCUUAGUCGGGAUCCGAUGUUGGUGUGGAACUAUGUUGUUGCUGGGGGGUUCAGUGCGGUUGCCGCUGUGGGUGUUUGGUGGUCCAAUCGGGAGAAAAGGGAGAAAGGAAAGAGCUAG